AUGGGCUUAAGCUUUUUCAUCCAAUGCGCUUGCUUAGUGUCGUUGCUUGUAUCCCUUACCCUAGUUCAUGCUCAGAGAAGGGUUUUUGAUGUGACAAAUUACGGUGCUCGUGGAGAUGGAAGAACAGAUAACAGCAAGGCCUUCAUUAAUGCAUGGAAUGGAGCUUGUCAGAACAUUGGAGGAGGUAUGGUGCUGUUUCCAAGAGGCACAUUUGUGGUGGCUCCGGUGGUUCUUAAAGGUCGAUGCAAGGGACCAAUGGAGUUUGAAAUUCAGGGUACCCUACAGGCUUCUAAGGAGGUCAAAGAUUUCAUUGAUAUUGACCAUUGGAUCACCAUACAAUACGUUGACGGCUUGAACAUUAGUGGUGGUGGAACCCUAGAUGGCCUCGGAGCCGAUGGUUGGGGAUAUAAUGACUGCCUAAAAAACCCAGGCCGUUGCAAGCAACUCCCUGCUACACUGCGGUUGGAUUUUGUCACCAAAGGUUACAUAAGCAACAUAACAUCGAUCAACAGCAAAAACACCCACAUCAAUCUUUUUGCAUGCAAGGACGUACUUAUUCGCAACGUCAAGAUAUCAGCUCCCGAUGAGAGUCCCAACACCGAUGGAAUCCACAUUGGCACCUCACAGAACAUCUAUAUCGUAGACUCGCAGAUAUCCACCGGUGACGAUUGUGUCUCCGUCCUCCCCGGAUCACAAUACAUCAAUGUCACCGGUGUCCAGUGCGGUCCAGGCCAUGGAAUUAGCAUUGGAAGUCUCGGCAGAGGUGAUGGUGACUCCGUUAAUGACAUGUAUGUAUCUAACUGCAGAUUUGAGAGUACUCAAAAUGGUGUGAGAAUCAAAACAUGGGCUGUGGAUUCUAAACCUGGAACUGUAUCACGUGUUGCCUUUGAGAACAUUGAAAUGGAUAAUGUGGAGAAUCCCAUCAUUAUUGAUCAAGAAUAUUGCCCUGGUGGUGGUUGUAAUACACAGUCAUCCUCCGAAGUUCAGAUUAGUGAUGUAAAGUUUAAUGGCAUUAGAGGCACUUCCGCUACAAAGGAAGCAAUUAUUCUCAAAUGCAGCCGAAGUAAACCUUGCCAAAAUAUCGAGCUGAAGGACAUUGACCUAACCUUCCGAGGACCUGGAGGACCGGCGGUUUCAUUGUGCAAUAAUGUAGAAGGCAGAGCUUACGGCCUACAAAAGCCCACAUCUAAAUUGGAUACACCGCGAGUAGCUGCUUACAAUGAAAUAGAGUAUGAUAACUUAGAAGGCAGAGCUUAUGGUCUACAGAACCCCUCCUGGAAUCUAAACACGGUGCAGGUAUCCCCUGACGGCGAAAUAGAGGAUCCUAUAUAG